AUGACCUUCUUGGGUUAUGUUGUGCUUGAUAAUGGUGUGGAGGUGGACCCUAGUAAGACAAAGGUAGUUAAUAACUGGCCAAGACAUCUUACUCUCACUUAUAUCCGUAGAUUUUUAGGAUUGGCUGGUUACUACCGCAGGACGUGCCACUUAGAGUUUGAUGUUAAUGACAAGCUCUACUUGACGAUAUCACCCAUGAAGGGGGCGAGGAAGAUUGGUGGGAAGCGGAAGUUCAGUUUGAGGCACGAUGGGCCAUACGAGAUUCUACAACGUGCAGGUGAGGUGGACUAUGAGUUGGUGUUGCCUACGGAGCUAGCUUCUAUUCAUCCAUUCGUUCAUGUCUCUAUGUUAAAGAAGUGCUUUGGUGAUCCAGCAUCGAUUAUGUCAGUUGAAGGUUUGAGGGUUGAUGAAGACUUGUCCUAUGAGGAGGUUCCUUUUGAGAUUUUAGACCGGCAGGUGAAGCGUCUGAGAAGGAAAAAGGUUGCCACAAUGAUUAAAUUGUGGAGAAACCAUCUUGUUGAGGGUGAUACUUUGGAGGCCAAGGCCUAUAUGAUAUUUCAGAAUCCUAAUAUUUUUAGCUCUUGA